AUGAUCAUUGAAGAUGAUGAUGUCCCUUUAUCAAAAAAGUUAUCCCGAAUGUCAAAUUCGGGAACACGUAGUAGUUAUUGUGACAUUCCUAUUAAGAAGAGGCCAUUUGACAACAAAAUUUUAUUGAACAAUUCUAUUAAGAAAUCAAAAGUGACACCAUUUGAUAAUCAAGAUAAAGAUGAUACUCCUUUAUCGAGGAAAACUCAAAUGUUGGUUGACAAAUUUGAAAGUAGAUUAUUUUCUUCUAACAAGAAAGAACAUGAAUUGGCAAAAAAAUUGUUUGAUGAAUGCAAAAGUAAGAGACACGAAGAAGAAAAUACAUUGGAGUCCAAAGAGCUUGAAAAGAUGAUAAAGAAAAUGAGUUUUGUUGAAGGAAUAAAGGAUUCUUUGAGAAAAAUGGAGGGAAAAAUGGGAGAAUGUUUCGAGGAAUUCGUAGUAAAGCAAACACGACUCUUUUUUAAGGACUUGAUUAGAGAGCACAAGCAAUGUACUAAGGAAAAUAAGAUCAAAGAGAGAGAACUUGAUGCAAUGAAAAAACAAUUUGAUGGAGAAGUAGAAACAUUAGAGUCAAAAAAGAAGGACUUUGAGUCCGCGAAGAAGCUAUACGAAGAGAAGGUGGACGCGCUUCGGUUAAAAGAGGAAAUGUGCACAAAACGAGAGAUGGAUAUUGAGUCAAAGGAUAAGCUUGUUGAAGGUCGUAAAAAGGAUCUCGAUUUAAAAGAGAAACAAGUUGAAAUUCGAGAGACGGAUGUAGAAUUAAAAAAGAAUCAACUUGAACUUUGGGAGAAAGAGAUAGAAUCAAAAAAGAAGAAACUCCAAGAUCAAUUCAUGGAGCUCCAUUCAAAAGAGGAGAAAUUCAAAUCUCAGAUACAUAAGGUCAAGAGUUUUGUAAGCCAAAUGGAGGAUUUCAAAUCAUAA